UGUGCCUACACACCAGCCAAUGGCAUGCUGUGCUCAGCAGUGGAGGCCUAUGAGACAGCUUGCAAUGUGCUGGGGCUCCAAACACCAGAAUGGCGUUCUGCACUGCAUUGCUCUGCAGUUGACCCUUGUGAAGAGCUGGACUGCACUGAGGAGGAAUGGUGUGGCCAAAAAGAUGGAGUCUACGGCUGCUUCUGCAAUGAGGAUCACCCGAGACCUCAACCUGAGUGCUAUGACUCUGUUGAGUUCUGUUCCAGCAGCACAGGCACCAUGUCUUUGUCUCGCUGCCAGCUGUUUGAGGCAGGCUUCUCGUCUGACACCCUCCGCCUCAACGACCCCAGCUGCAACGGCACACUCCAAGAUGGCAGAGUGGAGUUCCUCUUCGACAAUGAAAACCACGUUUGUGGAACCUCGCUAAGGAGCAACAGCACCCACUUCAUCUAUGAGAACUCCAUCCAUGGGGAGGCCAACUCAGCCAAUGGCCCCAUCAGCAGAGAGAGACGGAUAAACCUGCUCUUCUGCUGUGUCUACCCCCUCACACAGACCCUCUCCAUGAAUAUAGAAAUCAACCCACUGGAGAGCCGUAUUACUAAGAAGCUACCAGGAGGGGAAGGAAGCUACCAUGUCCGUAUGAUUCCCUAUGAAGAUGCAGGAUUCUCCCAUGCGUUCUCUGGGAGGGUGAAUGUGGCGGUGAAUCAGCAGAUCUAUGUGGCUGUCCAAGUGGACGGAGUCGAUAGCCGUCAGAUUGCCAUGGUGAUCGACUCCUGCUGGGCCACUCCAGUCAAUCAGCCAAACUACCACAUCCGAUGGGACCUCAUCAAAAACGAGUGUGCUAACCCCAAUGACAACACAGUGGAGCUGGUGGAGAAUGGGGUCAGUACAAGAGGCCGAUUCUCCUUCAGGAUGUUCACCUUCAAUGCAAACUCCUCCAAGGUUUACCUGCACUGCAGCAUCCACCUGUGCUUGGUGGCAAACAAUGACUGCACAGCCCACUGUUACCCAGGUUACCAUCAGAGGCAUCGACGUUCUGUUGAUUUCCAUGACAGCGCCUCCAUCUCACUGGGGCCUCUGGUUUUGGCCAAUGGCAAUGAAGAGGGAAGAAACAUGUUUGUCCCACAGCCUGUGAGGGUGUCUAAGGCCUCGGGUCUGACUGCAUCUCUGAUGGUCCUGCUCUCUGUUCUCCCUCUCAGGGCUCUGCUCAUCUAACACACAACACAACACAACACAACACACAGCUCAGCUAUAUAAACAGCUACACAACACAACACACAGCACAGCUACACAACAGCAACACAACACAACAC